UCUGAAACUCCCGCAUUGAGCGGUGAGGUUGACACUUUCCAUACAAUCGUGGAUACUGCGACGAGUGCGGCAUCGCACGUUUCAGAAGAAGUUACUAGCGCACUAGAAUAUGUUUCCUCGGGCAUCAGCUACAUGUUUUCAACCACGCCCCGUGUUUCGACGGACAACGUCAACGUUUCGGGUACAACCGAACAACUAUCAACCACUUCGGCCAUCGAGCCGAUCAUUGCCGAGGCACUACCGGAGAGCGCUCAGGGAGCUCCCUCCCCUGACAUCACUGAGGCCGCGCCGCAAAUCGCUCCCGUCGUCCCUAUCCUUAUCUUACCUGUCAACGAUCACACGUUGAACGAAUCUGCAUCACCAGACCGGGAGAUUGAUGCAGGUGAUCCUUUGGCCUCUGAUUCAUUGGAUGCAACAAUUUCUAUUCCGUCGACGCAUUCUCCCAUAGUUUUGUCCAAAUCACUACCUCCCGUCACGCAGGAACCUCAAGCUGGAGCGCAGGACAGCAAACCUACGGAGGGAGAGAAUUCGGAAGCACAGGCAGCAGAAGAGAAGAAUGGAGAUUUACUCGUGGAUGCAGUCGCGCUCCCUUUAGACGCGGCUGCCCCUUCCACAACAUUUGAGAUUGACGUCAAUCCAGAUUCCGCUCAAACAAGCGAUGCAUUCGCUGUCGAUGCUGCGCCUGUCGUGCCCAACAAAGAGCCAUCUUUGCCAGCGCCCGAGCCUCAAGAUACCCCCGAAGUUACCAGCUCGUUAAUGCCCUCAACAAACGAUGAUCCCAAAGAUUCAAAGGAAGUUUCAUUCCCGGCUCCUGCUACCACCGACCCCACUGUAACAUCGUCAUCCAAGUUCAACACCGCCAGCACCAGAAAGAAGCGGCGGUCACUCUUCGCCAAAUUGAGAGAGUUCCUUUCCCGUAAGGAGAAGACGAAGAAGUAGUAGUUACUUUUACCCCAUCUUGAUCGUCUUCGCUUGUUGAUAGCUCUUGGCACAUUCCUCGCGCUUCCACAGCCUCUUACGACGCAGACGACUUCUGAUUUCUUUCAGCAUUACGCAAACGAUACCUCUUUCCUUGUACUAAUGAGAAUUCUGUAGGGAUGUGGCUGUUGUACAUAGUAUUGGUGUUAUAUAUGCAUUUCUAUUGUGAUACUGUCUGCAAUUCAAGAGAUAAUGUCCAAAACAAUACCUGGCAAAGCG